UACACUCAGUCCCCGCGCGGUUCCCGUCUCGUGUGCGCCGUCGCCGCCGCACGUUUUCGCUGCUGCUGUCGUCGAUUGUCAAAUUCCCGAUCGUCCCCGCCAAAAUCGACGACCUGUAACGCCUGCAGCAAACGCGUGCGGCGCGGGAGACUCGGGAAACUAGUGUUUAGGUUAUACCUGCCGGAUUUCCACGCGAGCCAGAGACACCGGUUGCUGCUCUUCGCAAGGACAAGCCGAGUGGACAAGAGGAAAAACCAGCCAAGUUCGUCGGUCACCCGCUGUGUUUUGUCGAGGGACAAUGGAGCUGACGGAGUUCGAGGAGAGCGUGUCGUUCGACCUGGACGAUCCGGACUUCGCGCCGCCAGCAGUGCCGCGCACCACCGCCCACGGGGUCUUUCGAGGAAUGAAGUUCGCCGCCGAGAUCGCCUUAAACGUCAACAAAUGUGAGUUCGCACUGCAAAGCAAUAUCGACCACAAUAUAAUCCUGCACUCGUCAACGAGAUUCCCGAGCUUCGAUCGAUGUAAUUCCGGCGUAACGAGAGGAGCUUCAGUUUCUUCAGGAGCCAACACAGUACACGGAAGCAACAUGUCUGUCACGUCCGUGCAAAACACCACUGAGAAUCUCUCUCGUCAUGGGAGCAACAUCUCCCUGUCCUGCCACAGUCUCUGCGGCAGCGUAGACGAGUCCCUGGGCUCGCAUCCGCAGUACCAGGACACCAUCCUCACGAUCGAGGAGCUUCGCGCCCAGCUCAACUCCUGCUUCACAUGCGGAGUGUCGUGGAGCGAGGAGCACGUGUCCCUGGACUGCAGCGAGUGCGGCGGCUACUCCCUCCAGAGACCCUGUCCGCUGUGCGACGGCCGCUGCCACGCGGUCUGGAAGCGAGACCUCACCAUGUCUCACGCCAGCGGCAAGGCCAGAUGGAUCGGCGAGUGCGCUCUGAGCUGCGGACCGACGCUCGAGGAGUCGCUGGUACCCGCUCUGGAGAAGCUGAGGGCCACCUCGUGAGCCAGUCCCGAGCCCGCCGGCAGCAGCAGCGCCAGCCAGGACGCCGGCGGCCAACGCACAACCGCGCACAAGACUUAAUACCAUCACCAAGCCAUUACUGAGAAUAUAUAUAUUAUAUAUCGACGCGCCUCAUCGACACCAUCAGCAUCGUCAUACGCAUCUACAUCAACGACCACCAGCAGCACCAACAUCAACAAUUUCACGGAGCGUCAGAGAUAUCGAAGAGUGUGCGUGGCUCUAACUCUAAGCGAAGGAGUGUCCUUGUGUGGGGUCCUCGAAGGACACACUGACAGCGAGACUGAGAGAAGCGCGAGUCAUCAUCAUCGACGUCUCCUUCGGCGUUAGCAACGUGACGAGAGAUAUGUGAAUAUAUAAGGGAGAGAGAGAGAGAGAGAGAGAGAGAGAGAGAAACAUUAUCAUUAUUACUAUCAUUGCUAUUAAUUAUUAAUUGUAAAGCGCGUGAAAUUUAUGUAAGCUAUGCGAGUUCCUUGCGUCCGAGAAACGCGACGCGCUGCUGUCACGUCGAACCCGGCGCCGAUUGCGCGUUUUAUCACGGGACGAACGCGUCCCGCGAGCGAGCCACGCUCGCGGGCUAGUAACAUUCAUCCGACGCGACCGACGCCGGCGGGGUGACCAGCGUUCCGCUUGUUUCUCUUUAUUUUUUAUUGGAUGAAGCGGAAAACCACACUACUGAUCGUCGUACGUAUAACUUUCGGAGCUGAGCGCAUCGUGCACACGGUGUGCUUGUACGUGUGGCUGUAAUACGUAUCCCGGGGGCCCGAGCGGCCACCGAAUUGUAUAAUUGUAUAAUUGUGAAAUGUAGCGUAUUGGAUUUGCGUCAGCGUGAGCUCCCCCGUUCGAUAGUCAGUUUUCCUUCGUUUCUUACUGUACAGUUUCGAAAGCGAGGGCAGAGGUGAGCAGCGACAUCGACGCUUCGAGGAGAUAUUCAUUCAUAGCCUUCCUCGAGAAAAUGGAAAAUUAACAACGCCUCUGCUCGCGGCUGCGCGUUUGCUUGCAAAUUGUAUACGGAAUAUGGAAUUCGCAUGGCUCGAAUCGUUUAUUUAACGUAGCGUCCGACUCUUCGGUUUCUUCUUUGUAGUAUAAUACAUACCAGUAGCGGGAGAAUUGCCAAUCGCGUGUACGUGCGUAUAGAACUCGCGACGAAAAGCGAGAGACUAAGAGUACUGAGCUUACACGUACUGUAUAUACCUUUGGCAAAGUUUCGUCUAUAAUAGAUGACUUUUGGUUGUUUUCUUAGCCCUUUCCGUGACUGUUGACUCGGAUGAAAAGAACACAUACAUAAACACAAUUGUACGUCCGUAUGCCGGACAAACUCGAGACUGUCUGCCCGUCGUGAUUACCGAUUAAUUUACGAAUAUGUUGGUUCUUUUUUUCGUCCACUAUCGGCGCUUCGCCUAUUACGACUAUUUGAAACAUAUAGAGAAAUCGAUUUCAUCAACCCGAACACUGAUGGGACGGGACUCGUUUGUAUGUUAUGUGAAUAUUAGGCUAAUUGAAACUGAUAAGACUAAGUGCAUGGUCCGAUAGAGGUCUUAUUUUCCCGGCGACAAAAUGCGAUGCCCUACUUUUUUCUUUCUUUUCUUUGUGUUCGAUCGGAGUUUUCUUUUCUCGGUUACAAUUCCUUACAAUGCAUUCUCACGCAGCUAUUGAUUCCAUUGUUUCCAACGAACUUUUAACGAACCAGCAGCUAUCCUGAACAUUGAAAGUAUAAAGCGAAUGUAAAAUAGUGUACAAAAUGUAUAUUUAUUUCAGCGUUUGCGGAGAAAGCUUAAAUCGUUUGACCUCUCGGACAAAUAGAAAAGUACACGAAAAAAAACAAUAUUAUAGCGGAAAAAAUGUCGGCUUAAGUGUUUGUGUAGCUCACGACAUAACAAAAACCAAGAAAAGAAACGACUUAAAGGAAAGAGCAUUUAUGUCAUCGCGAAUUGAGCGUUUGACUUCUCCGUGCACAAUUAUUUCGGAUAAAACUUUAAGUUCUCUCCAUGGCAUUAACUACUACAUUGUUUCAAAAUGCGAGAAAUUGCCUUUUACGUUGCAUACGAUUUAUUUUUCAUUGUCAAUCGUUCAUCAUUAGGUUAAACGGAAUUAAUUGUAAAAUUUUCUGAAGUAUUAGCUCUCGAGACGAGUUCUAAUUUGAUGCUUUAGAAAAUGUCUCUACGAUUGUAAUUUUUAUUUAAUAUUGUAAAAAUUUUUAUUUAUAGCCGUAUACCGUUGAAAAUUGGGCUCAAUAAACGAUACUUAUCUAUAGUAA